AAACGCCACGUUUAGUCCCUUAGGCCGAGUAUUCCUUUCUAGGAUCAAAUAAAUACUUCAACUGGUUCAAAACAGCCCGUUACUUCUGGACUUAUUUUGCCGUUAUUCUUUUUGCCACUAUCCUAAUGAACUCUACAGUUCAGGACAACACAAGUUGUAGCCCAAUACAAGCAAUCCAUAAGGAAAAGGUUAUUCACGAUUCUGUAGAAAUGAGCAGGCCUUCUACCCCAACUGGCUCGGACACACCGCAGGAGGCUCAUGCCUGUGCCGGUCCCGGUUCAACUAUCCAACACAUUAGGAUAGCCUCCAGAAAAGCACCUAAGUCGAAAAUUCAGCUUCAAGAGGAGGCGUUGCAGCGUCAAAAAGAGGAGGAUGCCCUUAUCAAUGCAGAAAUUCAGUUCACUUCAAAACGUACAACGUGUGAGAGAUCUGAAUCCCCCCCAAAGCCCGAGACGUCAAAUCAACUGAAUUCAUCUAUAGAGGUUCAUUCUGAUCUUGUAAAAAGUGAUGACGAUGACGACUACUACAUUGUUUCCGAUUAUCCGAAGUCCUCCCCAGCUGAGCAGUUGAAGAUGUUAAAAGAAAGGCUAAGCGACAAAAUGAGUGAAGUGCAGGCGAAGUUACGAAUGCAACACAGUGUUGCACGGCGUCCGGCUGUCCUGUCUCGCACUCGCUACGGUCAACUCAAAGCCAUCCCACCAAAUUUUGACUCAAGCACACGUCGAAAACUUUUAGAGGGUCCUUUGCCGUCUUCCACUACCCCUGGUUGCAAGGAGGGCGAAUAUGUGCAAGGGGCAUACUCACUACACGACUCCAGUCGCGACGAGUUGGAAAUCACUGAUAAAGAUGGAUCCAUAGAACUAGGAUCCCAGUGAGGUGUAAAAUAAUACUGAUAUCGCUGAGGCAAGUAUAUUCUAGAAGGCUAGGAUUCGAGCAGAAGCUAAUGAAGGAAAAAAGCAGACAAGCAUGAGUCCUGGUGAUGUUUAUCACUUGUGAGGCAAACAUAUACAUGCUUUCCUAUUUUUUGCGCAAUAAUUACUCUGAAUGAGAUUAGCAACGUGUAAUAAAAGUAAUAGGGGCAGUUUAGUUUCUCACUUUCUGGAUGGUGCACUGAAAGCGUUCUUUCCCGGAAGAUGAUCGUUCCUCAGUGGUACUUUUUUUCGAGAUUGACUAUUCCCCCUUUUUGAUUUUAUGAUUUUUAGGCUUUUUAUACACAUAUGCAACUCCCGUAGCGUCACUUUAUGUGUUAAUCGAUUCCUCAUA